ACUUGUUGACAUUGAUGAUCAGCUUGUCGACGGCUGUAGAGUGUAGAGUGCAGACGAAGAACCUUGUGGAGAACUUCGCAUUAUCGUUUGGUUGGAUCAUCGUUUUACUCUAAAUAGUUGCAUUAAUUAGGUUCGCGGGAUUGGGAGCCUCCUAAAAUGAAAACCGAAUUGUGCAACUUCAGUGGAUACAAGAUCCAUCCGGGUCGUGGUAAAAGGACUGUCCGGACUGAUGGGAAGCUUUUGAACUUUCUGAGCUCGAAGACCGAGCGCGCUUUCCUAACCCUCCAUCGAAAUCCUCGUGAGAUCCGAUGGACAGUUUUAUAUCGUCGCAAGUAUAAGAAAGGACAGCAGGAAGAAGUAGCCAAAAAGCGCGUCCGACGACAGGUGAAAGUGCAGCGUGCCAUUGCCGGUGCCAGCUUAACCGAAAUUACGGCAAAGAGAAAUCAGAAACCAGAAGUCCGUAAAGCUCAGCGAGAUGAGGCAAUUAAAGCCGCAAAGGAUAAGUUGAGAGCAAAGAAAACUGCCAAGAAGGUCCAACAGAGCGCGGUACUGAAGGAACAGCAGAAGAAGACUGCCAAGCCCGCUAAAGCUGUGAAAACUGCACCGCAACGAGUUGGAGGAAAACGAUAAAUCUUUCCUUCAUUGGUUACUCUAGAAUAUCCGUACGCGGCUAUGUGACGAGGUCCUUUUUGCAAUUCUAUCGGUUCAGUGGGAGUCUGAUUAUUAAAGCCUUGCAUUAUUAAAAA